AUGCGCGCGGACCUGCUCGCGCUGCUGUGUGUGGUGAUGCUGGGCGCGUGCGGCACACAGGUUCUAACCAGGGGACUGAAACUUCACACCUGCAGGAAGCUCAGAUCCCGGAGAGAUGCUACAAGACCAGAGGGACGAUUGCACAAAUCUGGAAGUCUCGUCCUGAAAAGGAGCCCCGACAUCACCAAGGGCUCGGUGCCGAAAUCGGAGCACGUCCUCCGCAUAGAUGACCACGAUUUCACAAUGCGGCCUGGAUUUGGAGGCCCGGCUGUUCCUGUGGGUGUGGACGUGCAGGUUGAAAGCUUGGACACCAUCUCUGAAGUGGAUAUGGACUUCACCAUGACUCUGUACCUGAGGCACUAUUGGAAAGAUGAGCGCCUGUCCUUCUCAGGCAAGACCAACCAGAGCAUGACUUUCGACAGCCGGUUAGUGAAGAAGAUCUGGGUUCCUGACAUGUUCUUCGUUCACUCCAAACGCUCCUUCAUCCACGACACGACGACGGACAACGUCAUGCUCAGGGUCUAUCCGGACGGCAAAGUGCUCUACAGCGUCAGGGUCACCGUUACAGCUAUGUGUAACAUGGACCUCAGCCACUUUCCUCUUGAUACUCAGACUUGUUCAUUGGAGAUCGAAAGCUACGCGUACACGGACGACGAUCUGAUGCUCUACUGGAAGAAAGGGAACGACUCUCUGAAGACGGAUGACAAGAUUUCACUCUCUCAGUUCCUCAUUCAGGAGUUUCACACUACCUCAAAACUGGCCUUCUACAGCAGCACAGGUUGGUACAACCGUCUGUACAUCAACUUCACCCUGAGACGUCACAUUUUCUUCUUCCUGCUUCAGACCUACUUUCCUGCUACUCUGAUGGUCAUGCUGUCCUGGGUGUCCUUCUGGAUCGACCGGCGCGCUGUCCCUGCCAGAGUUCCUCUCGGCAUCACCACGGUGCUCACCAUGUCCACCAUCAUCACAGGCGUAAAUGCGUCCAUGCCCCGAGUGUCCUACAUCAAAGCCGUAGACAUCUACCUGUGGGUCAGCUUCGUCUUCGUCUUCCUUUCUGUCAUCGAGUACGCAGCGGUUAACUAUCUGUCCACUCUGCAGGAACGCAGAGAGAGGAAGCUCAGAGAGAAGCUGCCGUGCACGUGCGGGAUGUCUCAUGCAGGACACGUGAUGAUGAGCAGCAGCUACAGCGAGAUGGACAACAUGACUACGGGUCAUUACGGUGUGUCUGAGGUGAAUGGAGACAAGAGAGAGCACAUGCUGGUGCAGUUGGCAAUGGACAAGGAGCAGGGCGCUCACGGCCCAGCCGGAAAGUCUCGCGCCUACGGCGUCUGGAUCGACACUCACGCCAUAGACAAGUACUCACGUGUGAUCUUCCCUGGAGCUUACACAGUCUUCAAUAUCAUAUACUGGUCCAUUUAUUCCUAACAGCAGCUGCCGCUCACCUGCUUCAUCCAGACAGUGUUUUCAUGAUGAAGAUAUUUCCUGAUUAUUUUCUUGAUAACCUGGUCA